AGAUAGUAUGAUUAAACAUGAAGAACUAAAAGACAAGAUUAUUGAAGCUGAAAAAAAGUUACAAAAUAUGUAUCAGUUAGAAAUUAGAACAGAAAUAAAUAAACUAAAUACUGAAACUGAAAAAAAGCAUAAAGAUUUAUUAGAAUUAAUUUCAAAUAAACUUGCAGAAUAUAAAUCUGAAUUGGAAAAGGCAGCUUCACAAAGAGGUGAUGAUCAUGACACAGCAUUAGAUAACUUUAAAGAAGAGCUUAAUUCUAAAAUAGAUGACUUUAAAAAACAAAUUCGAAAUUGGAUUAGUAUUGUUGACAACCGUCAUAAUUUAAAGUAUGCAGACUUAAGUAAUAUUACAAAAAAAUUACAAGAAGAUAUGACGCAGCUUAAUGCUAAAGUUGAAGAACAUAAAAAUGAACUGGACUUUGUAGUUGAAAAAUCAGUUAAACAAGGAGAGUUAAUUACUGCUAAUACUGAAGCAAUUACUGCUAAUACUGAAGCAAUUAACACAGUUAAUAAUCAGAUAGAAAAUUUGAAGAAACAACUUGUAGACCUGAUUAAUAAUGUUGAUGCAAGUCACAAUAUAAAGUACAAAGAGUUAAGUAAACUUAAAGGUUUAUUACAAGAAGAUAUUAAUAAAUUUAAUGAUAAAUUUAAUGAUAAAAUUCUGAUAAUUAUUGCGUAUUUUGUUUUGAAUAAUUUAAAGAUCACCACUUUGGUGGCGCAGAACCAAACUAUUUGUGGUAAUGUUACGUGCACCGAAAAAGCAAGAGGUUGUCUCCAAAAUGGUGGAUGUAAUUGUUUGGUUGGAAGUUAUGGGGAAGCGUGUGAUAAGGACAGAGAUGAGUGCAGGGCCCAUGUUCCUCCCUGUGGUCGAACAGGACGUUGUGUAAAUACUCCUGGCAGUUAUAGUUGUACGUGCUUGAAAGGAUGGCAAGGAACACACUGUGAGAAUCGAAGUAUGUCAGCUGAUGUGGAGUGUCUGCCUGGAUGGACAGGGAUCGUGUGUAAUGACGAUAUAGACGAAUGCCAGAAUGACAGCUCCCUUUGUCCUGGAUUACACAACAAUUGCUCCAACAAUCAAGGAAGCUACAAAUGUGUGUGUGAAGACGGCUGGAAAGGACAAGAAUGUGUGCAAGAUAUAGAUGAAUGCCUGACAAACCCAUGCCAAAGCCAAGGCACUUGUGUUAACUCACCUGGUUCAUAUACAUGCACAUGUCUGAAAGGCUGGACUGGAAAACACUGCACAGAUGAUGUCAGUGAGUGUCUGGAGACACCAUGUGCAAAUUUGGGCACGUGCCAUAACACUAACGGAACUUACAUUUGCGCUUGCGUAACCGGAUGGCAGGGUGAAAAUUGUACCGUGGAGUUUGACGAAUGCCAAAAUACAUCUUGUGGGAUAAAUAAAAAAUGCAUUAAUGCAGAUGGCUCUUACUCAUGCGUAUGUGAUACAGGAUGGCAGGGGCAUAAUUGUGUCGAUGAUAUAAACGAAUGUCAGACAGGAUCGCCAUGCGGAGAGCAUGGUUCCUGUAACAAUACAAUUGGCUCAUAUACAUGUAAAUGCAAACAAGGAUGGAGAGGUCAGAACUGCUCGGAAGACAUUGAUGAGUGCGAGAGUUCUAUUUGUGGACCAUACAAUACCUGCAUUAACAAGGCAGGUUCGUAUACUUGUGUCUGUACAGCAGGUUUACAAGGUGAAAAUUGCACAGAGGAUGUAGAUGAAUGUCAGACUGAUCGUUGCCUGAAUUCAGGAACCUGUAAGAAUACAGUUGGCUCUUUUACUUGCGAAUGUCCGCCAUACUGGAAAGGAACUAAGUGUGAAUUACCAUUUACAGAUGAUAAUGAUCAACUGGAUAUCGGAAUGACUACAGGAAUUGUCGUCGGUUCUAUGGUGGCGGUCGGCGGAUUACUGUCUCUUGUCAUUUUUAUAAGAUACAAAUGGAAAUCAAAUAAUGUUGAAGACAACACAAACGAUGUGGAAGGUAUUUGUGUAGACCAGCAAGCGAAAGCGAGCAUGGAAAAAGAGUCUAAACACGAGAACAAAGGUCACCCAAAGGGACAAGCAACUGCUGAUUCAGAUAGACAUGUACAAGAAGUUGUAAUGCGAACCAGAUUCUCAUUGAGAAAAAUAAUACCUAAACGUUAACAUAUGAAAGAGUGUUGUCACAUCAAUGUAACCAGAUAAUUAUGACAGUGAUUAUGUGAUAAAUUGUUCGAUUUUAUUUCAAUUUAACUUAGAAAAUGCCAUAGAAAUGUAUUUUGGAUAGGUAGUAGGGUAGUGUUGUUUCGUCAUUUUACGCAUUGUGUCGAUUGCAUUUGUAAGUGAGAAGUUUUCUAAAAGAUUAAUUUGUCUUUUUUUCAAAUCAAAUCAUCAGUUUAUUCACGACUCCACUAUUUCAUGUUAAGAAUAUGAAUGAUCAAAAAGCAAAUCCACAGCCCUUCUCUGUCUCCCUCAGUGAUUUGCUAUGCCCAGCCCAGCCUUUCCAAGCCCUGUACGUACAUCUCUUUCUCGUGUAAACAAAGCAAGUAAGAUUGUCAAACAAAAUACAGGCCUUCUGGUCCCAGCAGUUGCAUUUGCUAGGUUUCUUGGUACCAUUUCCUCUUUUUACUCGUCCUGAGGCUCAUUUUCUCGACAUUACCCGUUCCCAACAUCACCUCGCCGUACAUCUAAAACGUCGAGGUUCAAAUCGGCGCUGUAUUCCGCCCCCAUACAACGUUUACGAAUGCAAGUAUGCAGAGUUUAUAGCUGUGUACACAGCCUUUGUUGAUGCAUGUACAUAUGUAACAGUGGAACUUUGUCUGUAUAUACAGACCCACUGGCACAAGACCAGAAAGAAAAUGCCACUGUAAAUGUUAUACCCUACCCCUUGGUAUACUUUAAGACCAUGGUCAUGAACGGGAAAACACACUAACCCAUUUCUAUUAAAAACGCUCAGGUCGGUAGACGAUUUUUCUAUGAUAAGUGGCUAUAUUUCAUAAACCUAUUUUUGCACGUGACGUGCUACUUACUGACUUUGAUAUUUUUGCAUUGCAUGUUGAAGUCUGUUUGCCUGGUUAAUGGCUAAAAAAGUCAUUUUCAUUAUCAUUAUUGCUGUUAUUAUUAUUAUUAUUAUUAUUAUCAUUCAUCAUAAUUAUUAUUAUGUCAAACACU